AUGAGAUCGACCCGAUUCAAGAUGUCUUCGUUUUGGAUAUGCUCGCAUCCACUUUGCGUUGCGCAUCCCCGUUCUGCUAGGGCGAUCUUUUGUAGGGGUGUUCAGCGGCCGCUGUGGGGUUUGAUUGUGGUCUUCGGCAUCCUCAACCUCUUCGCCUUAUCCACAAAAACGCUAAGAUCCCACUUCCAAGACCUAGAACUAAUUAUCUACCCUCCCAAACAAUCACCCUACUCAGCAUGGUCUACACAUGGCGUCACCCCAAUCCGCUGCCACAGUCACAAUGACUACUGGCGCCAUGUACCCCUCCACUCGGCACUCUCGGCUGGGUGUAUCAGUGUUGAGGCUGAUGUUUGGCCAUGGCGUGAUCAGAUUCUUGUUGGGCAUUCGAGAUACACGGUGUUGGCGGGGUUGUUGGACAAUCUUUAUUUGGGGCCUUUGGGGGAGAUGCUUGAUUUGCAUAAUCAGAAGCCCGGGAGGGGGAUUGGUUUUGAGGAUGAGAUUGUGGGUGUAUUCGCGAAUAAUCUGUCGCAAACGCUCGUCUUACUGAUUGAUUUCAAAUCGGAUGGUGAUGCACUCUGGUCGCUUCUUUCUGAAGCACUUGCGCCUCUUCGGGAGAAGGGAUAUUUGACUCACUUCAAUGGGACAGCAGGUUAUACUGUCAUGCGACCUGUGACAGUCGUCGUCAGCGGUGAUGUCUCUUUUGCGAAUGUUGUGUCGAAUCAGACUUACCGCGAUAUCUUCUUCGAUGCACCACUCGAUAACCUCACACAAUUGCCAGUGGAUGGAACGGCAGACCAGACUACAAUUACACACCAAGACCAACACAAGCCCAGAAAACCACAUGAACAACUUACAAAUUCUCCCUUCAACCCGUACAACAGCUACUACGCCUCCGCUGACUUCAGCAAAGCAAUCGGUCCUCUCCAACUCGGUAGAUUAUCAGAGAGCCAGCUCCAGACACUGCGGAGUCAAAUCCAUGCUGCUCAUGAAUUGGGAUUGAAAGUGCGGUAUUGGGGCAAUCCGGGUUGGCCCAUUGGAUUGCGGAAUCAUGUUUGGGAUGUGCUUGUGCAUGAGGGUGUUGAUGUUAUCAGUACGGAUGAUUUGAAGGGGGCUACGAGGGAGGUUUGGAGGGAUAGUUCUUGGUGGUGGUGGUAG